AUUGCCAUGUGAAAGAUGGCAGAUUGGGAACCCCACUGGGACCACGAACUAGAAGUAGUUCGCUCAUUGGAGGGAGAAGUCGGCGUUUUUCUGCUCCCUGGGGAGUCCGAACUAUUCACAUGUGUUAUCUCCGAGGCCUGCACGUCGCCAGAGCUAAAUAUACCACGAACCUCAUCCCCCAGGCGACUCCAUCUCGUGGCAGACUCGGGGUGUACAGGAAAGGUUGGGUCCCAGGGGAGAGCCCCCCUUGGGCGCAGUUAGUUUCAGGGCAAUUCAAUAUUCAUUUCAUGACGUAGCUUGGGCCCACAUGCUGGGUUUUAGCUUUCAACAGCGGAAUACAGCGCCGUGCGCUCUCUCAGACAAGCUGCGUUGGGGAACCAGGGUCUGAAAUGUCGCGCCGAAAACAAGCACGACCUAAAUCUUGCAAACUCCCUCUGACAGGAGAGGAUGGCCUUGAUCUAGGAGAAGACAACUCCAUCCAAGAUGAAGACACCCCUGAUGUGACAACAGUGGGCACUGAUUCUGAGUCGUUGUCGCAGACCCCAGUUCCUGUAGUGGAGGCUGAUGGGACAGAAGAGGACGAUGGAGAGAUACUGUCAGACGAAGAUCCAGCAGAGGUCAGAGGUCAGCCGUUCUGUUGUGAAUCGUGUAAUGCCAUCUUUCACAGCCUGGACCAGUUCAUGGACCAUCGGAACUUUGACUGCAAUGGAGAUGGGACGUGUAUUGCAAUCCCGUGGACCCUGAACGAUUCUUCUAACCUUGCCCGAUCAGAUACACCAUCAUCCACGUCAUCAUCUCUGGAGUGCAGCAAGAGCCCGCCAACAGGAAGUGACUCCCGCUCACCCGUGUCGGAUUCCCUCACUCCCGAUCACCUGCCGUUCUCCAACACUAUCAACAAGGCUUUUCCCUAUGGCUGCCAUUUCUGUGACAAGGCCUUCCCUCGAAUGGCUUACCUCAAAAUACAUGAAAUUGUUCAUGGAGACCAGAUGCCGUUUAAGUGCAGCCACUGCCAUCGUCUGUUCCGCCAUAAGCGCAGUCGAGAUCGCCACAUGAAACUCCACACAGGCAUAAAGAAGUACAAGUGCCAACAGUGUGAUGCUGCGUUUUCCAGGAGUGAUCAUCUGAAGAGUCACAUGCGAACUCAUGACAGUGGCAAACCCUACCAGUGUCCGGUGUGUUCCCGAGGCUUCCAGACUGCAGCGUCUCUGACGUCCCACGUGUUGUCCCACAAGACCUUGUCAUCGCAGUCAGCGAACAACAAGCAACUGGAGUGUCUUCAGUGCCAGGAAAAAUUUCAAACCACCAAAGAACUGCAGGCUCACCUCAUUAUCCACACAGUAAAGGUUGAGAAGUGUCAGUGCCAGUUGUGUGGGGAGUGUUUCCUGGGACAGGAGGCUCUGGACAAUCACCAUCACGACGUCCAUGAGAACCCCUUGGAGCUAAAGUGUCCAGUUUGCUUUGAGAACUUCUUCAGCACAGAACAGCUUUGUCAGCAUAUGGAUAUUCAUAACUUACCCAACUCAGAUGAUGUGUCUUUAGUUCAGGAAAGUGGAGAAAACUCUAACCUAAUUCAGCUAAGUGGAGAUAACUCUUCUUUGUCUACUGGUAGAGUCAGUGUUGCAAGUGAUCUAUUGGUUUGUCCUUAUUGUAUGAGAGACGAUUUUAAUAACCUUGAAAUGUUGGAAAUUCACAUGCAAAGCAUGCAUAGUGUGAAACCGGCUGAGAUCUACACUUGUAACUACUGCAAUGCCCCCUAUCCAAAUCUUUACAGUCUUCAUGAUCACAUGAAUGUGGUUCACAGGAACCAGCCAUGUAUGGACAUCAAGUACCCCUGUAGUCUUUGCACAAAGCAGUUCCCAAGUAUAGAAGCUCUUGCAGAGCACAAGAAGACUGCUCACUACUUCAAGGAAGGGUCGACUGCCAUGGUAGACUCUAUAUACUGUGUUCAAUGUACCCUGGCCUUCUCAGAUCCAACUGCUCUUGAGGAACAUCGGAACACUGUUCACAAGACUCCAGUCUCGGAGAAGGUUAAGAUUGGUGGCAAAAUGAAGAAUAGGAGAUCAUGGUCCAAGCUGAACAAGGAUCACAAACAUUGUAGUCCCCCGAAAAGGCUUAACAUGGGUGCAAUAGGAAAUGGGACCAGUAUGUACGAGAGUGUACCAAACAGUUUAACAUGUGACCAGUGUAACGCUACCUUCCAUGAUCUGACAAACUUCCAGGCCCACAUGAAGCUCCAUCUGGAAUCGGUCAUGACCAAGUUCACCUGCAAGCAAUGCAACCAGCAUUUCCAGACUGAGGAUCAGCUUGAGAAUCACUCCUCCAUCCAUUACCUGUGUAUGACUACUGAGUACGGCUGCACAAGCUGCAUGAAGCUUUUCUCCAAGCCUGAUGAGCUUCAGAAACAUCUGAUGGACAUCCACGCCCACCACCUCUACAGGUGUUCCCUUUGUAAGGAGAUCUUUGAUUCCAAGGUCAACAUCCAGGUCCACUUUGCAAUCAAACACAGCAAUGAGUGCAAGUUGUUUAAGUGCACACAAUGCGACAACAUCUUCCGCUCAGAGACUGAAUGGCAGGUCCAUGUACGAGUGAACCACCUUCAUAUGUCCAAGCCAUACCGGUGUCUCUUUUGCAAGGAGAGUUUCUCUAACGAGAUGGAACUGCAGUGUCAUCUGACAACUCAUAGCAAGCCCUUCAAGUGUCCUAUGUGUGACAGUUCUUUCCAUAUAGAGUAUCUUCUAGAUCAGCACAUGCAGAAUAUCCAUGGGGACAAACCAGUACAUGAACAUCCACAUCCCGAACCAGCAGUCCUCCUCACCAUGCAUAAAGCCCAGGAUCAUGGCCUGAAGAUCACCAAAACAUCGGACAUUACUGACUUGCUGUCUCCACCUCGAGACAAGCUGGUGGUCCCAAACUCAGCCCUGAUAUCUGCUCUGACUGGAGACAGACAGAUGUCCUCCUGCAUCUACUGCAGCCAGACCUUCAAGAACAAAUCUGAGUAUGAGAAGCACAUGAGGAUUCAUCUCAGCUCGGAGAAUCUCAAGUGUAACAUCUGUGAUGAAGUGUUUCCAUCGGGUAGCAUUCUGGCAGAACACAAGCUCCAGCACUGUAAGAUCCAGCAGGGAAACUCUUGUGUUGUGUGUAAGAUCAGUCUGAAGAGUGAGGACCAAUUCUACAUCCAUUCCCAGGAACAUGGUUACCAAGGCUCCUUACUGCAGUGCAUUGUGUGUAGGCAGACCCUUGCCUCACUGGUAGAACUCAAUAUGCAUGGAAAACACCAUUUUCAGUCAAAGCCCAGCUUCUAUACAUGCUGUGUCUGUCUCAAAAGCUUUGACUCUAAAGAAAACCUUGUCUCAAAGCUGAACACCAGCGGCAGGACGCAUACUAUGUCUGUAAGCCAUGUUAUCAUGGAGAGACCUGAACAUACAUGUGAAAAAUGCAGCCAGACUUUCCAAACAAGUGCCCAACUUGAUGCUCAUAAACUGACCCACAAGCAGACUUUUCAGUGCAUUAAAUGCCAAGAGUCUUUUGCUACAGAAUAUGAGAUUCAGAUGCAUGUUGCUACUCACAUGAUUCAGGAGGGUAACAUUCAUGAGUGUAAACUGUGUGGCAAGAAUUUUGAAACACCCUCCAAGCUGCAGUGUCACCUGAUAGAGCAUACGUACCAAGGUGAUGAAAUGAGGUGCAGUAUUUGCUGCAACGUCUACAGCUCCAUCACAGAUAUCCAAGCCCAUGCUCUACAACAUGGGGUCGGUGGACGCAAGUAUGCCUGCAAUCAGUGCAACCUGAAGUUCUUCUUUAGUGCCGAGCUUGAGAACCAUCUCUUUUCCCACCAACAAGCCGCUUCCUCAAGCCCUCACAUGAACACUUCUCCAGGACUGCGCAUGUCCCCUGGGAAAGUCUCCUCAACUCAUGGCUCCCCUGACUCUCAGAAAGCCUUCCUCAACACAUUGUCCCACCACUUGCACAGUUCACAGAAAUACAUGAUCCAUAAUGAAAUGAAAGAUGCUCUCGGUGCUUCUGCCUCCCUACAAAACUCAUCCAAGUCUCGUCAAAGCUCCCCAACAUCAUCCACCACGGUGGAGUGUCCACGAUGCCACCAGCACUUCGCAAGCACCACAUACCUCCAGGCUCACCAGAGGAAAUGUGAUGGUAACAAGGAGGAGAGGAUCAAGUGUUCCCUCUGCCCCAAAGUGUUCACUUCAGUCGGGACCAUGCAGCAGCACUUCUUCAGCAUACACUCCAACAUUGACCUUGACGGCAUCAAGAAGACGUACCCCUGCACCGAGUGUGACGAAGAGUUCCCUAGUCUCGGUAAUCUCCAGGGACACAUGAGGACACACAAGACAGGAAAAGAAAACCGCAAGAGCCAGAUGAGAUGUCACCCAGGGAUGAAGCCCUUCCUGUGUCCGGUCUGUCACCGUGCCUUCUCCCGCCGCCGAUAUCUCCGGGAUCAUAUCAAGUCCCAUGUGGAACAUGACUCUGCAGCGCUCAUGGAACAGGUGAUGUCUGAGAUGGACACCCACAGUGACACCACCAGCGAAGAAGCCAGCCAGAAUGGCAUACAAGAGUUAUCUGACCUUGACCAGAAGGAUGAACUAGAUGGAGCCACCACCACUGCCACCAAUGAAAUACUGGUCCAUUAGAAGCUCACCUUUGACAGGAUCUGAGUUGUUCAGAUUGUCCAUUUUGUGUCAGUUAAAGAUUUGAUGUAAUGUCAAUGUUGUUUAAAAUAAUGGUCUCAGCUCUACCCUGACUCUGUUGAUCUGUGUAAAUGUGUCUGUUGCUCAAGUGUUGAUGCUGUAGGGUCUUGUUGUUUAGGAAUGUUAGAAUGUCUGCUGGACGGGUCUGGUUACUACAGAAAUUGAACCUGGUUACUACAGAAAUUGAACCUGGCUCGUACCUGCGUGGUCUAGUCACGGUUCACAGAUGCAAAAAUGAACCCAGAAGUUCGGGGGCAUGAGUGGACCAUUGUGUAAGCUGCUGCAAUUCCCUGUGUAGAGUUGCAUCCCUUCAGCGUGCAACAAACAUAGAAUCAUGGGUACCAAUUCCAAUUAGCCAUAACUAUAUUUCUGGGUUUCGCAGUGCCAUAUCCAUGCUUAUGAGUACAAGCUUAAGACCUACGUUUAAAUGUUUAAAUUUUGAUUAUGUCUGAUGCUACUUAUAUCUGGUAAACAUUGUAAUACCAUGAAUCAUUUUCAGUGAUUCUUUAAUGCACAAUGACUCUGUUAGAAAAUACCUUCAAAGGGAAUCUGGCAUGAUUGCUCAGGUAUGGCUAUUUUGCACAACUCAACCUUUCAUUAACUUGUACUCUUUGAUUAAUUAGGUUGUUAUAUACUUUUCCUAUGAAGAAAGGAUAUUUAAAAAAGUUAAAUGCAUUACAUGCCGACGAAUGGACAUCCUUAAUGGUAGUUUGUACUGACAGUUAUUAGGUUAGGAGCAAAGUAGAUUAACUUCUUCAGGUCUCCAUAGAGACCCUCAGGCCUUGUUUGAAUUGUGGUUAAAGGGGGAUAACUCACUGAUGCAUCAAAAUCUCGAGAACGUUCUGAUAGAAUAGGCAAGGUUUGUCAAAUAUAAUGUUCAUAUCCUUUUAAGAUUGAUUGUUUAAAAACUGACAUUAGUUGGUAUUUAAAAAAUUAAAAUUACUAAUUUCAAUCCUUUUGGCAUUGCCAUCUCUGUACACGAAAACAUGUUCAUUUAGAAAAAUAUGUGUUUUGCACAAAUCUGACAGAAGCAGCCUGUUUGUAAAAUAUGGUUUGCUUACUGGUGUCAGAGUAUUUAAGUCUUGUCAAUAAGAACAGAAAAAGGACAACAUAAUUAUUAUUUUUUUAUUGUGCAGGUAGUGCCUCAGAACCGUGGAAUAUUUGUUUUAAUUGUUAUUUUUUUAGCUGGAGAAGAUUAUGUAAGUGCUAUGAGAUGUUGGCGAUUGUGAUAUCUGUAUUUUAACUUAAGGCAGUUUUGAGUAGAAAAUAUUAGUAUAUUUUGAAGAUUGUAAUUUGCUUUUUGUACAAAUGUUUGUAUAUGACUCUUAAUCAUUCCUAUGGAGAUGUGUGGUUUAUUGUAUGUGAUGAUUUGUUAGUUUUGUAUAUAAGACAAGUAGUUAUGUACAAACUUGAUACCUGUCAAAACAGGUUGUCCAUGUCUAGCAAAAGGUUUUAAAAUGCAAACGUUUUCUGAUUGUGACACUGGAGAUUUUGUUAUUUUCGCAAAAAAAGUUUUGAAACUAAAUAAUGCAUUCAUUGGCUUGUUAGGGUCCAUAUAACUAUGUUUGGUGAAACGUUUGGUUUGAAAGUCUACGACUGCAGUAUUCUGAAUACAUCUGUAUUUUUGUAAUGUUGUGUAUAGCACAAUAGACUAACAGAAGAAUAUAAUUAUCAGAAGCAAGAAAUGUAUUUUAACUCUAGUGAGAAUCUGUUGUUGCUUGUUGAAUUUUUCAUAUGCAAUGUAUUAUCUGGUCCUGUGAAGGGAAUUUCACAGAACGAACAGAGGAUGAAAUUUUGUUGUUUGUAGCAGUUUUGAAAAUGAAUUUUGUCUCUAUGUAGGAAAUGUUUGAGGGAGGAAUUAGAUACAUUUAUGCAAUUAUAUUUGUAAAUGACCUACCACCACUAGUUUCCAUAUGAUUUUGAUAAUGAAUAUAACUGAAGACAAUGAUUUCCUUUUGUUCUUUGGUAGUGGGGUGGGGGGCUGAGUGGCCAUAGUUGUGUUUCGUACAGCAGAGACCAAGUUCAGUUCCCAACACUGGUACAAUGUUUGAAUCUGAUUCUUAGUGUUACAUGCUGUCAUACUGCUGUCAUAUUGCGAUGUCAGUAUUACACUGUCGCACACUUACUGGUGGUACUGGGUGGCCUAGUGGGUACAGAACAUGCUCACCACACUCAACAACCUGGUUUGAUUCCCAACAAAGGAACAAUGUAUGGAACCAGUUCUUGGUGAUGCAGGCAGGCUGUGCCUUGAGUAUCACUGACAGUGAUAAAAACCAAAGUCACAAAUAUCCCUGACUCCCUCUUUGACUGGGAGCUUCAGAGAUCCAGUUAUCCAGUCUCUGUGAGCAGGUUUGUUUCACAUGGUUAUAUCAGAAACCUUUGGUUGUGGGUUUGAAUCCCAGUCUGCCCCAAUAAAGUUUCUUGGUUCCUAAGGGGCAGUGGGGUAGCCUAGUGGUAAAAUCGUUCACUCAACACGCCGAAGGCCCGGGUUUGAUUCUCACAUGGGUUCAAUGUGUGAAGCCCAUUUCUGGUGUCCCCUACCAUGAUAUUGCUGGAAUAUUGCUAAAAGCGGCGUAAAACUAAACCAUACUCACUCACUCGAGGUUCCUAAGCACCAUAACCAUGGUAACUGGGCUUGUUGCUUGAUCAUAGUGGUGAAUGUGUGAGACCCGCUUUACUUCUGGUUUUCACCCUUGAUUAAGCUGACAAUCCCUGAUAUAACGGAAAACUGCUCAGAGCAGCAUUAAACUCACUCACUCACUCUCUAUUUAGGGAAAGAUAUUUGAUAUUUACAAAAAACAAGCGACACCAGAAUUCUGACUCCACGUGGGCCCUUCUCUUGGUAGAAAACCUACUCACUGAUUUAAGUUUUGUGUCAAAAAUAACGUCCCCUGAAAUAGUCCCUCUCUGGACACAUCAACAGUGAUUAUUGUGAAUGAUUUUCAUAAGUUGCCUGUAUUGUUAUGAGGAACAAUAUGACUUCCUGACAUCAAGUCACCACGAUGUUGAUCCAUCAUGGAGUGUGUUACUUUGGAUGCAGCAAAAAUAGAAGGUAUAUUUUUUAAUUCCAUGUCAACGAUGUUCUGACUGUAGCAGCUUUGUGACCAGUGAAGCUUUGUGUUGAUAUGAUAUAAGUGCUGAAUUCAUAAUAAAACUUGUGAAAGACUCACAAUCUCGUAACUCA